GUCCGGCGCUCACGCAUUCAACGUGCGUAACCAGACAACUCACGCACGCACACACGCGCGCCCCCGUCGUCUUGUUCUCCUGUUGUCCCUUUAAAAAUCCGAAUCCAAGGCCAAUGAUUUAUCAAACUCCUAUUAUCAAGAAAAUGUCACAGGAAGGGCACCUUGCUCUGCACUGACGCAAACCCCACUCUUUCCCACGGAGCUAUAGAAAAGCUUUGCAGUUGGUACUUUGCGGAGCUACAACCAGUCCGCUUCCAGUCGUCUCCUCAUCGGGUUUUUUUUUCUUUACAGCUGUUUCCAGCCUGCUGGCAGAGCUCUGCAAAAAAUGGAUCUGUCUGACCACAGAGACAUGGCCAAACAACCGGCCAGCGCUCCCACCGGCUACAUCCCUGCGCAGCAGUCCGACGGAGCCGCGGGACUUAUGGGAAACAAACCGGACAACACGGCAGCGUGCCCGCCGCCCGCCCCUCGCCAUCACCCGGCGCCUCAGCCGCCGCCUCCUUGUAACGAGCGCAACACUUUUUGUCCCGCGGAAAAUAAACCGGGGGAACCGGACAGCAAUAAAGAAUACGGGACGUUUAAAAACACCCCGCCGGCCGUCCCCGGAUCCGUUGCCGUUAAUUCGGCCUUGAGGAAGGAUUCCGUCGGUUCGGCCCGUGGGGGGUCCGCCCAGUACGGCGACCCGCUCCGGGCCACCGCUGAGCAGAACAACACCGCAGGCAACUGGACGUCUAUGAGCCAGACCACCAUCAUACUGGGAACAGAUGGGAACACGUCUGUUCAGCCUGGAACCGUGGCGGGGGUUAACGAAGAUGAUGACGAAGGGGGAGAUGAGAAUAAGGCCAGAGGAAACUGGUCUAAUAAACUGGAUUUUAUUCUGUCCAUGGUUGGCUAUGCAGUGGGACUGGGAAACGUGUGGAGGUUUCCUUAUCUUGCCUUCCAAAACGGGGGAGGAGCUUUUUUGAUCCCCUACCUGACCAUGCUGGGCAUCGCUGGGAUCCCAAUCUUUUUGUUGGAGGUUUCCCUCGGCCAGUUUGCCAGCCAAGGGCCAGUGUCAGUGUGGAAAUGCAUCCCCGCUCUGCAAGGUUGCGGGAUUGCCAUGUUGAUAAUAUCUGUCUUGAUAGCCAUAUACUAUAAUAUUAUAAUGUGCUGGACACUGUACUACCUGUUCGCUUCGUUGAAGGGCUCACUGCCAUGGGCUAACUGUAGGAAUGAGUGGAACACGGUGGAAUGUAAGGACAAAGACAUGCUGCUGUUAGACUCAUGCAUCCUGCGGGACAGAAACAUCACGUCCAUCAAGAACUCCACUUUCUGUACGUUGGCAAACACAGCGGGAAACCUGACAAAGCUCCUAAACAUGAGUAUGGACGGAAACAAGACAUAUGUCAGCCCCAGUGAGGAAUACUUCAAAUACAACGUGCUGCACAUUUCCAAAGGGAUUGAAUAUCCAGGAGACAUCCGCUGGCCUCUGGCCGGCUGUCUCUUCCUGGCCUGGCUCAUUGUCUACGCCUCUUUAGCCAAAGGAAUCAAGUCAUCGGGAAAGGUGGUGUAUUUCACUGCCACGUUCCCUUACGUGGUGCUCGUCAUCCUCCUGAUCAGAGGAGUGACCCUCCCCGGUGCGGCUGACGGCAUCCUCUACUUUAUCACACCAAAAUGGGAGAAACUAAAUGAUGCAAAGGUGUGGAAAGAUGCUGCCACUCAGAUCUUCUUCUCCCUGUCGGCUGCUUGGGGCGGCCUCAUCACGCUCUCUUCUUACAAUAAGUUCCACAAUAACUGCUACAGGGACACUAUCAUAGUGACAUGCACAAACAGCGCCACCAGUAUAUUUGCUGGGUUUGUCAUCUUCUCUGUCAUUGGUUUUAUGGCACACGAGUUAAAGGUGCCAAUAGAGAAGGUGGCUGAUGAAGGUCCAGGUAUAGCUUUCGUGGUGUAUCCAGAGGCUCUGACCAGACUUCCCCUGUCUCCUUUCUGGGCAAUCAUCUUUUUCCUCAUGCUCCUGACCCUUGGCCUGGAUACUAUGUUUGCCACCAUCGAGACCAUAGUCACCUCCGUGUCAGAUGAGUUCCCCAAAUACCUAAGGAAACACAAGCCGGUCUUCACCCUGGUCUGCUGCGUCUCUUUCUUCAUCCUGGGAUUUCCCAUGAUCACAGAGAGUGGGAUGUACAUGCUCCAGUUGGUGGACACGUUUGCAGCCUCAUAUUCUUUGGUCAUCAUUGCUAUCUUUGAGCUGGUGGGGAUUUCAUACCUCUAUGGCCUACAGAGGUUUUGUGAGGACAUUGAAAUGAUGAUUGGUUUCCAGCCAAACCGAUUCUGGAGACUGUGCUGGGCCUUUGUGACUCCAACCAUUCUGACGGGCAUCCUGGGGCUGAGUCUGUACCAGUGGAAGGUGAUGACAUAUGAGGACUACACCUACCCCACCUGGUCCAUGGUUCUGGGCUGGCUCAUGGUCAUCUGCUCUGUAAUCUGGAUCCCCAUCAUGUUCGUCAUUAAGAUGCACCUGGCCCCCGGCACCAUCAUCGAGCGCCUGAAGUUGGUCUGCUCCCCUCAGCCUGACUGGGGUCCUUUCCUGAUGAAGCACCGUGGAGAACGCUACCAGAACAUGAUCGACCCACUGGGAACCAGCUCCCUGGGCCUCAAGCUGCCCCCCAAGGACUUCCAGCUUGGUUCUUACCAGUAGCAGCCAUCCUAACAGCACCACAUCCACCACUUCCAAGCCCUGUAGGAGGCAUUGGUGGGUGGCAGGAAUCGUCUCCAUCCCCACGUCUUCUCCCUUCUCCCUUCUCUCUCUCUCCUGCUCUGUACUUAAGCCUUCUUUGCUUCUUGUCUUCUUUGCUUUAUUGUGGAUGUGGAAACAAGUUCCUUCUCCCCUCCCUUUUAUGUCUGCAUCAUUUCCUUUCUUCUCUCAGGGAGGAGUAGCUGCCCAAGUGGAGUCUACUCUUCCACUGCUGCUUUGUACACUCUUAAUGGGCUACCAUUGCCUCCCACACAUGACCGCUGAUUACUCCAGAACCCUUCCCAGGGAUCUUUAUUCCAAGAGAAAAAUUGUGUCAUAAAAUGACACAGCUCAGACUGCACUUGCAAUAUUAGACUCACCCUAGUUGCUCCCUAUGGAGUUGUGUGUAUUUCUCUGUGUGUGCGCGUGAGUGUGAGUGUACGUGCGUGCCAUCAAAUUCGUGUGUACAGAUAAUGAAUCAUCUCGGUGCAAGCAGACACAGGAAAACAAAAAGAAAAUUGAGCGACAGAGGAAAAAAACCCCCCCAAAACAAAAAACAGCACAACGAGCUCAGUGGGGAUCUUUGUUUGGUUCCAUCUGUGUACAAAAUUCCAUCGGCAAUACAAAUAAUAUCAACUGCCUGGAAAGAAAAAUA